AUGUAUGUCGAUCCAGGCUCCGUCAACCCAACUUCCGGUGGUGCCCUCUUCUCCGUGCAUGCACCGCUGCCCACAAUCUCCCCUCCCUUCUUUCCAUCCCCGCCCCCCAGGGCACGCAGCGCCAGUCGCUUCAAAGCCCCUGUCUCCCCCGACCGCUCACAAUGGGAUACAUCCGCCGCUGCCUGUCCGCCAAAAUCAGUGGAGGACGAGUAUUUCCCACCACCGGGCGUCACGGUCUUGGAGCUCAUGGUCUGGCAGCCAACACAUCAAGCCCCGGAUGGCACCUCUCCAGCGGAGGGGAUAGUGGAGUUUUCGAAUGACGAACGGACCCCGGCAUCCGAGCUCCCUUUGUGGGUCUACGAAGCCCACCACCCUCGCGUGGUGCUCCCCUCCCUGCGGCAAACCCUUGACCGGGCUGGGUCGUUUCAAUCCGUCAUUCAUCCUUCCACCCCCGGCCUCCGCCACCCUCCUUGGGCGAUUGCGCUAUUGCGCGCUUACGACGCCGUCUGGGGGGGCAAACUCUUCUGGGAGGAGAAGAUGCGAUGGAUCCACCGUGCUGCGGUGAGGGAGGGGUGGGCCACAGCUGAUGGCGAGUUCGCACCCAGCAUAUUCGACCGCGUUGAUGCCCUCAGCAUCCCUCUUCGCCGCAUCGCAGAGGCGCUCCUUUCAGACGCACCGCUUGACGUGGAAGCUUUCUCGGCCUGCCUUCCUGCUCUCCAACGCGACGCUCAAGUAGAAUUCCCCGACGGAAAUUUCGUGGUCGCCGGGCCCUUCGUUUCCUCUCCCCAGACUCCACCUCCCGCGGCCGCGGUUGCAGACGCCGUCGACGCCCUCAUCUCGCCCCCCAGUGCCAUCAUCAUAGCCCCAUGGUAUGACGAGGGGGCAGGAGGCUGGGUCGUGGUGCAGUUCAUGAUCGCCCCAGCCCACUGCGAACUGCACUGCCCUUUUCAGGCCGCAGGGACUCCUGGCCCGGACCUAUUGGCCGCCAUCCAUGAGGCAAACAGAGAAAUCGACCUCCGCCUGGGCCGCCCUGUCACAGAGUGGGUGGUGGCCAGAUUAUUUCCGCCGUUGCACAAAGAUUUGAAGAUCGCCUCAUCUGGUGCGAUCGCCUACGGCAUCCUCCACACAGCGGUUAAUAAACGUGGCAUGCAUCCGGAGCCACCGCUGGAUGGCUGGUGGCGCCUGAAGAUGCUGGGCGACGCCGCUCUUGUGCGGCAAAGGAACGGGUCUCCCCUGCACGCUGAUCGCCAGGGCGCACUUGACUCAGUCUUGGCGACCAGCCCCGUGUCCAGCGAUCUCCAAAAUGCGACACCUGUGGCCCCUUCCCGCACUGACGUCUCCAUCCCGGGCGCCCUGUGCCCUGAGGCGCCCUCCAACGCAAAAGCAUCGACAAUCGCGAACCCGUUCAGCCUGAUCAUGUCUCGCAAGGUAAAACAAAGCGCCGUGAGCACCCCCCACACCACAUUCUCCACGGCACCAGCGUCAAGCAAACUGCCAGCCCCACUGAAGCGUCCGGAAAUGCCCGCGCUCGCAGCGAUGGUGGCAAGAAAUGCAGCGACGCUGGCGGCGUCGAUCCCUCCAGCCCAACAAACCGCACCGUAUGACGACCUGGCAGCAGUCGAAGCCCGGCUUCGCGCUGGCGUCACACGCGGCGUGGCCGCCGUUGGCUCCCUUCCGUCGACUGGAGAGAAACGUGCUCCGCCAAACGUGUCCCGGAAACGCGUUCGGGCAGGGAGCGACUUAGGAACGCCGCCACCGGCUAAGAAACGCAGGGCUUUCCUUGAGCCGCGGGGCGCUGCUCAGCAACGGGCCCUCGUUUUGGAUGCCGGGGCGGCCUGGCCCUGCGUCAGCCCAGUGGACCUGUCCGGAGGCCAAACGGACCCCGGCGCCCAGACCGCAAACGGCAGGCCGAAUGGCGGGCUCACCGGCCUGCUCAAUGGCGUCGUGGCCAAGAUGCAGCUCGCCGAGCAGAAGCUCCUUGCAAAGAUCACAAAGCGCGGUGACGACGUAGGAGGUAAGGGUGGCCGGGUCUCCGAAGCCUGUGCGCUCAUUGGGACGGCCCUGGAGGAGCUGAAAAUCGCCCAGCAGGCGGCGGGCGAAGGCGCUGCUUCAGCGGACCUCUGGGCCACUGAUCUAGCAGGCGUGGGGGCAAGAGGGGCUCGUCCCACAGCGAGCAAGGCAGAAAGAGAGCUUCUGGCUCCGGAGCUGCAUUCUUCGCAGCAGCUGUUCAAGACCCGCCCCACGACUCCACAAUGGGCGAUAACCGGAGGAUGCGGGUUUGACAGCGGCGCCACGCCUGAGUCCCCUUCCCCACCAGAAACGCUGCGCGAAACCAGCUUCGACCCCCUCACCCUCCGCAUGUCCGCUUCGAGGGCCAUGUGGCUGACCUCUCGCGUCCCUCUCAAACCGCACCAGAAGCUGCGUGCUAGCAGCGCACGCGCUUCCCCGGCGAUGCCUCUCACCGGCCCGGGCAUAAGCCAAUUAUGCUACGCGCCGAAAACAUUCUUCCAACAUCCUUGUAGAUUUGGAAACUCGAGUUCUGAUUGGCUGACGAUCAAUGUCUCGUGGAUGUUUCUCAAAAAGUCCCCACGUGAAGACAUACAACAUGAUGCAGGCAUGUAA